CACACCUGAUGCUGGAACUACAGCCAAACCAGGCACACCUGAUGCUGGAACUACAGCUAAACCAGGCACACCUGAUGCUGGAACUACAGCCAAACCAGGCACACCAGAUGCUGGAACUACCGCCAAACCAGGCACACCUGAUGCUGGAACUACAGCCAAACCAGGCACACCUGAUGCUGGAACUACAGCCAAACCAGGCACACCAGAUGCUGGAACUACCGCCAAACCAGGCACACCUGAUGCUGGAACUACAGCCAAACCAGGCACACCUGAUGCUGGAACUACAGCCAAACCAACUGUGCCAAUUACAACUUCUCCUACUACUCCUUCUACUAUUGCCACCACCACUAAGCAACCAAUUCAGUGUGAGAAUGGAGGUACACCAGGUCCUAAUGGCCAGUCUUGCCUCUGUCCUACUGACUUCGAGGGGGAAACCUGCAGAGAUGUCAAAACUAACAUAGUGCCAGGUACGCUCAAUAGGGCAGUGGAGGUUAAUAUGGAAACUGAGGACACAUACAUAACAGAAUAUAAUGACAAAACUUCAGCGGAAUACAUUGCGAAGGUGAAGACUUUCACAACAGAGAUGACGACAUACUACAAUCAAAGGAUACAGAAUUUCAGUGUGGAAAACGUAACUUUGAGUGUGGGGUCAGCUAUCUCCAAACGCUCAGGACGUGGUAUAGAGGAGAAAAGGGUCAAUAUGGGAAACCCCAUGUACAACCCCAAGGAAAUAACAAAUCGUUUGAAGGUCAAACACAAUAUCAUUCUGGUGGUUCCGAAUGAAGCAGGAGCUGAGGAAAAGUAUAACAACUCCUUUAAAAACAUUUCUUCAGCUUUGGAAACAUUAAAACACUGUACUUCAAGCGAAUCAGGUUGUCCUACAUUUAGUGUUUUCUCAGCUGAACCAAAAGAAAUAGCAGUCGAUGGCGAAGCUGUAUGUCAACAAACAAUCAACCCUGAUAUUGCUAAAUACUUUGAGUCUUACAGUAAAGAUGGGGAGUAUUUCUGUGUGACGGCAUGUGACUCCAGACAUAAUAACCAUAAAAACUGCAACAGCGGUAAAUGUGUAGUAACCAGAUCCGGACCGUCAUGCUACUGUAAAAACACAGACUCAAUCUGGUACCUGACGGACUGUAACUACCCGAUCCACAAGACUGGGUUAUACACCGGAAUCAGUGUAACUGCCGGGGUUGUCCUGGUGAUGGUUGGAGUCCUGAUAGCGCUCCUGGUGGUGAACAAGAAAAAGGAAAAGAGGAAUAAAGACACUAAGCAGGAGAUGGUGAACCAGUGGCUUGAGGAUGACUUUGAAUGGCCCACACCCAACGCAAUGUCCACCACAACACCUCACCCAGGGACGUAUGAUAACCCAGCGUACACCAACGGGGUGUCAAAUAUCUACCAACACUCAAGCGGUCCUCUUCCAUCCUACAACCCCAACCCACAGUCGAACGAAAGAUACCCUCCACCAUACUCCCCCACAGAGCCCCAGAACCAAAUGCACAACUUCUCUAGCAACCAGCCAGUAAGGAUCAACAGACCGCAGAUCAGAACAUCUUAUGACUUGUAGCCUCCUCUUAUUCGCAAGAAAAAGUGCCUACAGAUGCAGGAUCUUAAUUUGAGCCAGUUUGUUAGAGAAAAUAAUCCUGCAGCAAUAGGAAAUGUUAAUAAUGUGGA